AUGGAGUCCUUGAUUUUCGCUUUCGCAAACGAGACCCGUGUCGUCGUCUGCCAGAAGUGCGGCAUCCGUGUUCGACCUAGUCAAAUCGAGAAACACCUGAAGAAAAGUGAGCAUAGGCUGAAUGAUGAGGAGGCCGCCACAGUUGCUGCAAAAUUGUUCCAAUGGCCAGGAGUUCCAGUCAACGACGACGAUAUUGACGUCCCGAAAUUUCUAUAUCAACCAAUCCACCCAAGCUGCCGAAACGUGUGUCGCAGUGUUGGAUCCUUGGCCGUACACUACAAAAGUGUCCACAACAUAUCGACGCCCUAUGAUAAAGCGCCCUACCGGACUGUUUCCUUUCAGCAGCUGUUCACCAUAUUUGCGGGCUCCCACUACAUCCCUAUCAUUGGCCGUACCGAAGAGAUAGAAAUUACCCACUGCACGUCGCCCACUCUUCGCCUCGAGCACUUCCUUGCAUAUGCCACUGGCAAGUUAGCAAGUGAUGAUGCUGCCCUCAAGGAUGCGAUGAGCCAGAGGACUGACGGUCAAGAACAAAUCACUUGGAUGGGUAAGACACAGUGGGACAAGUAUCUACAAGGGGUGCACCUUCCAGAUCUUUUGGAAAUUGUUGCUGCCCCUGCAGAAGAUGUUUCCAAACCGAGUGAACGGGCAAUGCGCGUGAUCUGGGACGCGGUCGACCAACUGAUCCAACAGAGCCAGAUGGUGGUGCAAACGUGCGGGGCCGAUGUCCAGGUAACUGCUACACGGCUAAGCAAGGGUGAAAUACCACUGAACACUUGCAUGGACAAUAUUAGUACGCGGAGGGCAGUUCGUCUGUGGCAGGAGAUAGUGGUCUGUCUCGGCCGCGUCAUGAAUGGCUGGAGAUGGCGGGAAGCGAAGCUGGAGAUAUUCUUCACGAAAGCGCAGCGUGCUGGGUGGAAGCAGCUUUGGCUCUCGGCGCAGGAUGAGGCAGUCGUCAAACAAGCAAACUCAUCCAUGAAGCAACACAAUUAUUUCAUAUCAACCAUUGAGGCUCGAUGUCUUCACUUUUGUUUGGAGUUGCUGAUUCAGCCCCGAAAGGGACACAACGUCUACGAGUAUGCUCUACCGGAGACAUACACUCGCAAGCUAUCGGGGCUGAUACAGGUGGCACAGUCUCUGGUGGUGUAUAAUGCGUUUUGCAUGGAUCCUUCAGACAAGGGAAACAUCUUCCAGUCACAGGGAAAGGCCACUAAACGUAGUGGCGGUGCUGUCAUGGCUGCCAGUGGCAGCGUGUCCGACAGCAAUCCUUACCCCUGCUCAAGUUCGUCGACCGUGCUCUCGCCGUCUGAUGCAGAUGGUGUUGAAAAGAGAUCUCUGGAUUUUCGCGAUUCCCUCGCGUGGGCGGUAAACCGCCUCACGAGCGAUCAAUGGGUCUGGCCGAUGGACAUCCUCCUUGACUGGCACACCUUUGGGUCGAAGAUAGGAGAUUUCCAAUGGCAUGGGCCAAACACGCUAUUUUAUCGGCAGGUCAAAUACACUAUGAAUGAACUUCGCGGGCUCGUCUAUAGACUUGUCAGAGCGGCCAAGGACAAGCUGGAUUGGGCUGUUGGUGGAUCAGAUGCCGCAUGGCCUGUCAUUCCAUGGUCAAAGCUGCAUGAAGACCCGAUGCAGGAAAUCCCGGGUUGGAGUUUCCUCAAGCAUGGGGAGACGCCAUGGCCGGUCGAUGGUACGACAUGGCUAUCUGACAGGCUCGCAUCGGAUCCGUGGGUCCAUAACCUUGUAGCUGUCGAUCAUGUCAUAGAUCCAACCAAGGUUAUUGAGUACUUCCAACAAAUGACUCAAUUUCGAGUGCUUCUUUGCAUAAUUGUCCAUAUGAUUGUCGCAGCACCAGCCCGCGUGCCGGAGCUAUUGGUCGUCCGGCAUAAGAACACUGAGGCUGGUCUGCGCUGGAAUGUGUUCAUUGAAGACCAGCAAGUGGUGAUUGUGACCGCAUACCAUCAUGGACGUAUCGCUGGUGAUGAGCACGAAAUAAUGUACCACUACCUCCCGCGCGAGGUGGGCGAGCUCUUAGUUCGAUAUUUGUGGCUGGUUCAGCCAUUCGUGCGGCUCCUAUGCCUUGGUCUUGCAGCACAACGGCGCACCGAGGCUUCUGGGAUUACAUUACCGGAAUAUGAGACGAGUAGCAGCAGCCCGUACCUGUGGGGUAAUGAUUCUGAGCGCUUGCUGCAGGUGCUCCGGCGAGAGACAGGGACCCAGUUCCAGCUGCCCGAAUACAGCCGCAUCUUGAUGGCCAUCAAAGAUCACUUCCUUCGGGCCGAGACCGGCUUCCUGGACAACGGGCAUAUGGAGCGACAGGAGCACGCGGCGAUGCACCUCGAAGACCCGGACCCAGGGCAUCGUAGCACUGUGGAGCUCGACGCCACACACUCGUCGCACAUAGCUGGGCUUGUUUACGCUCGCGAGGUUUGUGAUGGCCAGUCGGAGGGGAAGAAACGGAAGCGACAGAUGCUCCGCACUUCCAGCACCAACUGGCACCAGUUCCUUGGUUUCCCAUCAGCCAAACUAGCCAGCGUGCUGGGGAAGCGAUCAAACGCUCCAUGUGAAGCGGAGGAGAACAUGUCUCAAAUGGCAGGCCGCAGCGGGUGCAGCGAGUCAACGAGGACAGCACCAUCAGCAGCUGACACCGAUGUAGACCGUCCCGACAAUGAUCUUGGGCAACAACAGGUAGACAGGUCCGACCAGAUGCCUGUUCGUCGCCGUCCACGCCUUUAG